AUGAUGCUGCGCUACAGUUUUCACGUUGUCAUAAAUUGUCAUCAACAAGCUGAUAAUAUCACCAUUCAUUGGAAACACUUAAAGAACGAGACUUUUGCUUACUCAGCCGAGGACUCAGAUUCAUCCGAGGAACCAACGUCAGAAGAACCAGAAGCAUCGGAAGAGCUAGAAGUGUCAGAGGAAUCAGAGCCAUCGGAAGAACUAGAGUUAUCGGACGAACUAGAGUCAUCAGAGGACCCAGAACCGUCGGAGGAAUCAGAGGACCCAGAUGAACUAGAAGCAUCGGAGGCUGGUAAUCGGGGCACUCUCCGGCGGCACACGGGACAUCUGCGUCUUAACUUGAUCCACAGCUUCAAGCAAUCGGUAUGGAACAUGUGCUUGCAUGGGGUCACCAUAUAUUUGUGUGUGCAAACUUUAGAGUGA